AUGGAGCUCCUCGGCGCGCUGCUGCUCCUGUGCGUGGCCGCGCCGCUGUGCGCGUCCUCCGCGGCCCCGGAGCCCUACGACUCGCUGUUCGACACGGCCGUGGAGGCCUACUACCGGGGGGACUGGCUGUCGGUCAUCCUGAACAUGGAGAAGGCGCUGCGCAACAAAGCCGCGGUGCGCAGGGUGAAGGCGCACUGCCGCAUCCGCUGCGCCAACCACAGCGCGUUCGGGGGGCCCGCGCCCGGCGCGCACGGCCCGGGGGGGGCUCCGAAUUCCCCGGGGGCCGUGCCCGGCGCCGGCUCCGUGGACGACCUGGGCUUCUUCCAGAAAAUCCUCCGGCGGGCGGACUGCGUCCAGUCCUGCGAGAGCGAGCAGCUCGGGGUUCCGUCCAUGCACCAGGCCGGGGAGGAGGUGGAGCUGGAGUUCAGGAAGAGGACGCCUUAUAACUACCUCCAGGUCGCCUACUUCAAGGUCAACAAACUGGACAAGGCGGUGGCUGCCGCUUACACCUUCUUCCAGGCCAACCCCGACCACGUGGAGAUGAGGCAGAACCUGGACUACUACAGGAUGAUGGCCGGAGUACAGGAGGAGAACUUCAAAGAUCUGGAGGCGCGGCCACAUAUGGCGGAGUUUCUGCUGGGGAAGCAGCACUACAGCGACGAUCUGUUCGACAAAGCCGCCGCGCACUUCGAGGCGGCCGUGGACGAGUAUUUCACGGCCGACAGGGAGUGCCGGGCCCUGUGCGAGGGAGCCUACCACUACGACGGGUACAACUACAUGGAGUACAGCGCCGACCUGUACCAGACCGUGACGGACCACUACAUGCAGGUUCUGAACUGUAAGCAACAGUGCUCGGUGGAGCUGGCCUCAGCUGCGGGCAGAGAAAAGCCCUUUGAGGACUUCCUGCCCUCACACUUCAACUACCUGCAGUUCUCCUACUACAACAGUGAAAAGUAUGAGCAGGCCAUAGAGUGUGCAAAGACCUUCUUACUGUUCCACCCUCAAGACGAAGUGAUGAACCAGAACCUGAACUAUUAUUCGGCAGUGCUGGGUGAGGAAAAAGCGAGAUCCAUAUCUGCCCGACAGGUGGUCCAGCAGUUCAUCCAGCAGUCCAUCCUGGAGAAAGAGCUGCUCUACUAUAGAUACGAGGCCUUUGGGAUCACCUUUGUAGACCCAGACGCGUGGACCCCCGAGGACGUGAUGCCACAGAAACUGAGAGACAAACAGAAGGCUGAGAAAGAAACUGCUGCGAGGAUUACGGAGGAGAUCGGAAACCUUAUGAAGGAGAUUGAGAUUCUGGUCGAGGAGAAGAAGAAGGAUUCCUCAGAUAUGGCCACCAUCAUCGCGCCGCAGGAAGGUUCUGCAGUGCUGCCCGACAGCGUCAGCUUGACCAUGACCCCCCAGCAGCUGAACGGCUCCCAGCGCGUGCUGCUGGACGCCGUCAUCGGUCAGGACGAGUGCAGGGAGCUGCAGCGCCUGUCCAACGCAGCCGCCCAGAAAGGCGACGGCUACCGGGGGCAACCGUCCCCCCACACGCCCAGCGAGAGCUUCCAGGGGGUCACUGUCCUGCGGGCAGUUAAGUUGGCGCAGGAGGGGAAAGUUCCACUAAAGAGUGCGCGGUUAUUCUUUGACAUCAGUGAGAAAGUGAGGAAGAUGUUGGAGUCGUACUUCCUCCUGAACACUCCACUUUACUUCUCCUACUCUCACCUGGUCUGUCGCUCUGCUAUCGACGAGAAGCAGAAGAGGGAUCCGGAUGACCUGAGCCACCCUGUCCACGUGGACAACUGCGUGUUGGUGUCUGAGAUCAAUGAGUGUGUAAAAGAUCCUCUUUAUUACACAUACAGAGACUACAGCGCCAUCCUUUACCUCAAUGAUGACUUUGAGGGGGGAGAGUUCAUUUUCACAGAGUUGGACGCAAAAACGGCGGAGGUCCAUCCCCGCUGUGGUCGUGUGGUUGGGUUUGGGGCAGGAAAGGAGAACCCUCACGGUGUGAGAGCGGUCACCAAAGGUCAGAGGUGUGCUGUGGCUCUGUGGUUCACCCUGGACCCUGUGCACGAGGAGAAGGAGAGAAUCCAAGCUCAGGACAUGCUGAAGAUGUUCUCCACCCCUCUGAAUUCAGAAUUCACCCUAAAGGAAACAGGAGACACUUCAGAGUCUAAGCCUUUGACAGCAGAAGCCCCUCCCCAGGCGGAGCAGGCUGCUGUUGAGAAGCAGGGGGACACACCACAACAACAGAAGACGGACAACACGCAGGAAGAAAAACCAACAACCGUUAGCAAAGCAACCACUAAGACUAAACCGAAAGGAAAAGCCAGCUCUGGAGACAAAACGAAGCCUAAGACAGCCGCUAAAGCUAAACCUGCUGCCAAAAAAGGGGGGAAACACACAGAGAAAGCACAAGCCAAACAGGUGGAUAAAAUAGAGGCAAAGUCAGCUACAAAACAGACUGUUGUCUCUGAAAAAGACCCCCCCUCGGGCUCAGAGUCUCAGAGUGAAAAGGAAGAGCUGUGA